AGCGCAUCACGGAUUGGUCCGUUUGUCGGACGAGGCUUCAAUAGUCCUGAAUCAUGAAAAAUCGUGAAAUCUGGGAAGUUGUGUACUGAUUUUACGACUGUGAUCGUAAUUCACGACCAUUUGUCCUGUCCUCUUCAACUUGUUAUAGCUUGUGUAUCCAGCACAUAAGCAUCAUUUCGUCACGAGUCGUAUGUGAAAGAUGUCGAACGGCGUGCCGGACGCUCCGGGCGCACCCAGCAACAGUUCAAUUACUAUACAGACGGAAACAGAACUGUCAUUAUUAUAUCGGGUUCUCAGGACAGUCAUAAAGCCACUGCGUCCCCGCUUGGUACACCCGGGGCAUAAGCAGCCAGCCGGCAGCCCCCGGCUCGGCUCUCAUCCUCAUUCUAAGGGUACCUUCACUAUCUCAGAGCGGCAACAUGAUGAUAGUGGCGUUUGGUUGUAUGAUUUCCAACCGGAGUCGCCCCCUACGAUAAAAAUCAAACCUCCGACAACGAUAUACUACUUUUGUGGUGGUGCUUUCCAGAGUCAGCCUUCGCGGGAACAUUGGAGUUUUAUUUCUCAGCUAGCCGGGUCUCUCAUACUUGAGCAUCAUUUCACGCUCGUCAGCUAUCCUCUCGCACCAGAGAGCCCAGCUAGCGAGUCUUUGUCGAUACUGCGGAGGCUCAUGAAGCCCAUAUUCAUGGAAGCGGCAAAGAAGGGAGACAGAAUCACCUUGAUGGGCGAUUCUGCUGGUGGUAACAUCGCUGCUAGCUUGGGUUUCUGGUGGGCAGAAGAAGUAGCUACGAGUGGCGAGUGCAAGUUGAAAUCGGUACUGCAGAGCAUCAUACUUGUCUCACCAGCAAUCGACCUGAGGAAUUCGAAUCCAGCUAUCGCGCAAGUCGAUCCAUUGGACCCGCUUCUCAGUGCGGCUUAUACCAAAUCUGUUGCAGAGGCAUGGCUAGCUGCUCCGCCGGAAAAGCCGCAUCUUCGCUCAUCAGCCGAUGACCCGAAGCUAUCUCCCGUGCUUCACGAGCCAAGUUCUUAUCGAAUAUUAGCAGAUUUGGGUAUUAAUGUUCAUUGUAUAUACGGCACGCACGAUGUACUUGCACCGGACGCCGAAGUGUUUAGAAAUAAGUGCGAGGAACAUGGCGUUAAAGGGCGUUGGCUGGUAUGGAAUGGGCAAAUGCACUGCUUCGUGCUUGCGGGAACUUACGGGAUGAGUGAGGGUAAAAGGGGCAUUGAGUGGCUAAUCGAAGUGUUGAAAGCGGAUGAUGCAUCCUCUCGGAGUUGAUGUAAUUAACUGCUGUUUACAUACUUCGUUUGGAUGGUUAUGAUAACUGUCCAAGAAUCGGGCUGAGGGGCGCAAGUUGCCCAGGCGUAUACGGUAGCGCAAGGAACGGCCUCUCCUUGGUGGUCACCAAACCCUGUUUUCAGUGGGU